AUGGGUAUUUAGGGCUGUGUCGCGCCAUAGUUGCUUCAUUCACGUUUCAGUGCUUAACCACAACGCACCUCUUGCUUAUCUUUUUAAUAUUAGUUAUUAAAAAUGCCAAAAAGAAAGAAUUCAGACAACGAUCUAGAUAAUAUAUCCAAAAAGUUAAAAAAAUUAGAGAAAAAAUUAAAGCGUGCGCGGCGUCACCGCAAUAGUGAUAAUAGUGAUAAAAGUUCACCUCACUCAAUAUCCUCCCCGGAUGCACAAACAUGUAAGUACAGACUUCGGGAUUUUUUGGACAACUCGAGCUCACCUAAAUUAGACACGACGCCUCCCCAGUCUAAGAAUCUAGAAGAGAUAACUCCAAUUUUAUUGUGCGAGACAAAUCAAACGGGGGAUCUUGCAGCUAUGCCACCGGCUGAAAUUGAAAUCGCCACUCACAACGAGGAAGACAAUGUUGCUGAAAGCGGUGCACUUGACAGCAUUGCUUUAGACAUUUUGGGUGAAGACCCAACAUCGAUAACAGAGUAUGGCAGCGAUAUUCACAAAGAACUUGCAAAUAGGCUUGAACACAUUGCGACUGAUGGGCUAACGAAAGAGACCCGUAAAGAACUGUGCAGUAAAUAUCUAGUACCAGCAAACAGUAAAAAAAUCGGCGCACCCCUAGUAAACGCUGAAAUAAAAGCUGCAUUAUCGGAAGCCACAAUAAAACGCGACAAGGGGAUAGAAACUCGACAGAAACAGUUGGCUGCAGCUAUAUCGGGAUUAUCUGGCAUACUCAAUCAAGAACUAAAUUCCAAAGAUAAAGACAGCUCGCGCCUUAAAAUUAUAAUGGACGUUACCCGCAUUUUAUGCGAUAUCCAACAUGCAGAAUCUGUCACUCGACGCUAUCUCGCAAUGGGAACUAUAAAGAAAGAUUUACGAGAACAUUUAACCAACACUAAAAUAGACAAAUACCUUUUUGGCGAAAAUCUCAGCGAAACGCUCAAAACCGCUAAACUAGUCACUAAAUCAGGGACAGAUCUAAAGAUUAAAAGUCAACCUAGACCCAAGCCACAAAAUCCUACCGGGAAUUUAAACUACAGAGCUCCGGUCCCAGUUCGCAGGCAACAACAGGGACCACAACGGAGCCGCGGACCUGCCUCUCGUAUGACGACGUCUCAACCGAACAGAUACUCACAGAAUCCGACGCACUCCAACUUGUCGAAACCAUCGCAACAUCCGCAGAAACCUGCGGGUCGUCGCUAGAUUCGGUAAAGUAUGCUGGUCGACUCUCAUCGUUUUAUAAGCAAUGGGCACACAUCACCAAUGACCACACUAUACUGUCAUGGGUAAAUGGGUAUAAAAUAAGGUUUUCAA